AUGGAUCCAACUCUGAUAUUUCGUGCUGGUCCGAAGGACUUCAUCCCGGGCAUCACUCUGGCACGUCAUGAAGAGAAACGGAUAAGCAUUGGCAGCUCACAUUACAUGCCUCCCGCCCAUCUCGAGCCGGAUAACAUGAUAACACUUCUCCAGCAGUGCAUCAGCCUAGAUAUUACACUCGAGGUUCACCGCUUCCGUGACAAACUCCAAGAGCUAGCUGCGACUGGAGAGCCAGCUGUAAUGGUCAUGACGAAGUUCUUCACACUAUUCACGGGGAAGCUAUACACGAUGGCUGUUGAGCAAAGCACGACCCCAAUACCAACGAAUCUGCAGAACAAAGUAUUCGUCUUCACCGCUGAAAUCAUCGACAUGUUCGCCAACCGAUGCGUCGGCCACAAACCUACACCACCAGUGGACUGGGCGUGCCGGCUGCGGCUGCGAGAUGUGUCUGCAGCUCGAUUCUUUCCUCGGCAAUCCCUCACAAGAAGAGUUGUCGAUCUCUGCAUCGACCAACCUUUCUGGAAAGAAAACGAGCCCGAGAAUGAAACGCAGGUCGAACCCGGUUUCACGCUCAAGAUUCGCAAGACGGUGAGGGCAUGGUGGCACGCCGUAAAGCUAUGGGAGCAAGACCAAGACGGUGCUCAGCCGCAGUUUGACAAAGCAAUUGACGAUGAGGGACUGAGGGACGGCUUGAGGGUGUGCCUUGAUCGGCUCGGCGAGGGCGAGUGUGGAUUAUCCAUGUAG